GCUUUCUAUACCGAUAACAUCAAUACAGUUCAGGCUCAAAAAUGGUUGUACAUAUCGAGGAUCCCUGGAAGGAGUCGGUCACCGCUCUAUUCGCGGGCAUUGGCCUUCUCUACAUCUCUCUGAAGAUUUUCAGCUUCUGGAGAUUGAUUGCCAGUCUGUUCAUCUUGCCUGGUACUUCUCUCUCCAAAUUCGGUCGUAAAGGAAGCUGGGCUGUUGUGACCGGCGCCUCCGAUGGUAUUGGUAAGGAGUAUGCCUUACAGCUCGCAGCCAAAGGCUUCAACAUCGUUCUGGUAUCUCGUACACAGUCGAAGCUUGAGACUUUGGCCUCCGAGAUCCAAUCCAAGUACACAUCUGUUCAGACCAAGACUCUCGCUAUGGAUUUCUCUCAGAACCUGGACUCUGAUUUUUCAGCUCUGAAGGCCCUGGUAUCUGACCUUGAAGUUUCUAUCCUGAUCAACAAUGUCGGUCUCAGUCACGAGAUGCCUGUUCCCUUCAUCCAGACUCCUGAGAAGGAACUCAAGGACAUCAUCACCGUCAACUGUGUGGGUACCCUCCGCGUUACCCAGAUCGUUGCACCCGGCAUGGUGCAGCGCCGUCGUGGUCUCAUCCUCACCAUGGCCUCCUUCGGCGGUAUACUCCCUACUCCCCUCUUGGCCACGUACUCCGGUAGCAAAGCUUUCCUUCAGCAAUGGAGCAGUGCCCUGGGCGCUGAACUCAAGCCUCACGGAGUUCACGUUCAGCUUGUACAAUCUUACCUGGUCACUUCAGCCAUGUCCAAGAUCAAGCGCGCCAGUGCCACGAUCCCCAACCCUAAGCAAUUCGUGAGAGCCGCCUUGGGCAAGAUUGGUCGCUCCGGCGGUGCUCAAGGUAUUGCGUAUACCAGCACUCCUUACUGGAGCCACGGCAUUAUGCACUGGGCUCUUGGCGCUUACACUGGUACCAUGAACUCGAUUGUCCUCGACCAAAACAAGACUAUGCACGAGAGUAUCCGUAAGCGUGCCCUCAGAAAAUUGGAGAGAGACGGCAAGAAGGGUCAGUAGACGGACAGCAUAUGUGUAUAUCACGCACCCUCCAAUCAAGGCUUGCUUCAAGACCUGCAACACCUUGACUUGUCAACAGGACAAAGAUCACCAAGCAGAAGCUUUGCAUGAAUAAAUAAAUAAAUAAUCACAGCGUAAAUCUAGAAUGAUUCGCCGCUUACUGCACUGCACUUCCCUGCAUUGGAUAGGUAGCGAUACACCUCAGGUACCAUAAGGAACAGAGGCGGCUCGGAGUAAGAUGCCGUUCUCUGCAGUCAAAGUGAAAUACCAUGUUCGCC